AAUUGUUGAGUGGAUCAGGCUAGUAUGCACUACCUAAUUUGAACUUUGAUCAGAUCAAAAGUCGUUUUGUUCUUUAUACUGUAUUUAAUGGUCACUGGUCGUUUUCAUUUGCAUCGAAAUUAUAAAAUAACGUUGAUUGAGUUGAUCAGCUUCAACUAGCACUUCUUGUGAACACAACUAAUGUUGCACAAACAUCCAAAUGAAGGAUCACAUACAUACAAUGAUGGAAUCAAAUAUAAUAAUCAAGUGGUAAUCUGCGACGAUUCCACGUUAUCUGGAAUGGUUGAUCCAGUACGCACUCGAUUAAUAUUGAAAGUGUUUUUAACCAAUAUCCUUCAAGUGUUUCUAUCAAUAUUGAUGACUGCAUUAGCGUUCGCAAUUGAUGAAAUCUUUGGGUAUCUUUUUCAUCAUAACUGGGUUACUUAUGUUUUAAGUUCCAUUUCGAUUGGUGCAACCAUUGCAAUUUUCUUUAUUCAGAGAUUUCCACAUUUGAAAUACCUCACGGAUUUCCUUUAUGUACUACUCACAUUCAGCUUUGCUGGAGUAAUAACCUGUCUUUCAAUUCACGCACAGAGAAUGUUCAUAUUUAUCAGCUGGAUUUUGGCCAUCAUUCUAUCAGUGUUAUUUUUUAUGAUUGGAAUAAACAUUAAACGUGAUUUGAUCAGUUAUUUUCGGUCGUUUUUGAUUUAUGUCAUUAUUGUCAUUCUUAUCAUUUCUGGUCUGGUGGUCACAUGGAUCGUUGGUAUUACUGUUGUGACGUGGGCAAUUGGUCCCCUUGUUUUAGCCAUCGUAAUUCCGGUGAGUGAAUGGUAGUUUGAAUGAAAUGAGAUUACUGUCUAUUCACCUUCCUCCUUCAAUACAAAUCCAUGCAUCGAAUAAGUUAAGAUUAAACCAUAUCACUUCAGUGAGCUAUCCACACAACAAUGUGUUAUGUGUCAAUAUACACUAUGAAUCUGUUUCACUGAACAAUGUGCCAUAAUUAUUUCUAUAAGAAAAUUUCAACAAACAUUUGUAGAUGUAGAUGAUCAGAUAGUGGAAGUAAUCAUUAACUGUUGUUUAUUCACUAGAUAUACUCAGGAAUUUCGAAACCUGCUGAUUCCGUUGAUGGUUAGGUAACAUACAAAUUAAUAUUGGACUACUUCAACAUAUCUGUUGUAAAUGAGGUGAAUUGACAAAUAUUAGUGAAGUGCAGCAAGAGAUAUUCAGAUAGUGAUUACAUCAUCACUUUAACACUCAUCAAAUUAUGUAAUGAUAUUAUUUCAGUUGCAAAUAAGUCAGUUAGUGAAUUAUAAUUCAGAAUCACUUGAUAUUAGAUAAACAACUAAUCAGCAUUGAAUGUUGUGAAUUUCAAUUUGUACGUUGUUAUUGUGAUUUUAGGCUAGUUUAAUUGAAGCUCAAAUAUUUUGCGGAGGAAGAAUAUACUACAGAGCUGAA